AGGCUCAAAAGAAAGAUAUUGAAUCUUUACCAGAAAAAAAAAGAAAUUAAAAAACAAUCAGUCAAAUUUUACAAAUGUCGGAUGUGUACUUGUAUUGUUUCACGGUUGUUUAUUUUUGUAAUGUAAUGAAAUAUAAUCAAUGCAGAGAGAAAUGUCACGGAUUUAGUGUAGCAUAUCACUUUUAAACGAAAGAACAUUUGUUUAUAUGGAUAGUUAAGAAAUGUCAUUGAUGAAUGUGAAGAAUUUGUGAAGAUGCGAUUAUUUUUCGUAUUUGGCGUCGUGCCAUAGUUUUAAUUGUAGUUUAAUCGAGGAUACGAAACAUGAAGUGGUCGGGGCUUGUUAUUUUGUCGUUGUUAUGGGUUCAGGGGGUCGUUGGAUUCUGUCCUUCGCUGUGCACCUGCAAGGGUAACAAGGCGGUUGAAGGGGCGUUAGCGGAGCCCCAGCCGGGCGAGCUGCUGAGGCUCAAGUGUGGUGGCACUCCAACACAGAUAACUGAGCUCAAAGAGAUAGAUUUGAGCAAAUUAUGGACCAUAGUAGUGAGCUUAAAUUUAUCAGGAAACGCGAUCUCAACGCUAUCAAGGGAGCUGUAUCUGCCAAAUUUACAGAAACUUGAUCUAAGCAGAAACCAAAUAAGCUUGAUAGAGUCAGAUGCGUUCUACAACAUGACUGCCAUCCAGAGGCUUGACCUCUCUUACAAUCAGAUCAGCAAUGUUUACAAGGAGAUGUUCAAAGGGCUGACCAACCUGGAGCGGUUGAUACUGUCACAGAACCACAUAUCCGCGAUGGCUGCGGGCACCUUUGACUAUCUUAUUGGAUUGAAACAAUUGGACAUAACUGACAACCCACUAGUUUGUGACUGCGACCUCCUCUGGGUUGGAGACUGGUCGAGAAACACCAGCGUCAAGCUGGUAGGAAACCCUAAAUGUGCAUUCCCAGAAAACAUGGUCAACAAGAUUGUGAGGAAGCUCAAAAUAUUCCUAGACCGUUCAGCAUGUGGCAGUGUCUUAUCCGGAAACAAUUUGAUAGUCAAACCUGCUCAUGACCAAGUUGUAUUUGUUGGAGACACUUUAACGCUGUCCUGUAACGCCCCAUUUGCAUCAGUUCUCGCUAAAUAUGAGCUAAAAUGGGCUCAUCCGAUGCUAGAAAUCUGUGAUGUAAACAUCACGAACACAGAUAUGCAAGAAGAAGGAUUAGCAGAAACUACGGUCCACUUUCCUAAUAUUACCAACCAUCAUAUGGGUAACUGGACUUGUGUUUACAGCGACCAGAAUCACAUAAGGCAUAAUCAUACCGUUGAAGUGUUGGUGCUUUCAAAUUCUACUCAAUACUGUCCGACGAACUAUACAAUUGAUAACAAAGGUUUAUAUUCUUGGCCUCAACUGCUUCUGAAUCAUACGGCUACAGUACCAUGUCGUAGUGGGGAAGGUUUGGCAUAUAGGUCCUGUAAUCCUAAUGCUACUUGGGGGCCGGCGAACACUAGUGAAUGUUCAUACAUCAGUAAUGUGACGAAGUUACUCCAACAGUUUGCACUGCUCAACGUGAGCUUGGUACAAUAUUCUGCAGUGAAUGCUACCGAGAGAUUGGCCAUGUUGAUUCAGGAGAAAACUUAUCCGUUAGCGGAGAUAGUGGAUCCAGAUGAUGUAUAUUUCAUUGGGAAAGCUAUAAGGAAUUAUAUGCAGUAUAUUGCUGAGGAAAAAGAUCUUGGACCAACACUACUAGACGUGAUAAGCUCAACAAUGAACAUCAGUAUGUCUGUGCUAUCGAAGGCGGAGUCACAGUAUGGAGUGUGUACGGACAUCGCGAACGCCGCUGAAGAAAUAUCGAGGCAUAUUGUUAAUAUGCAGGGGCAGAAGUCAAACCUAGCAGUGGAGCGUUUCCGCGUGUCCUCGGGCUUCAGUGGCGCCACGUGCGUGUGGUACAGCGCCCGCGGCCCGCCGCGCCUGCACUGCACCACCACCAACAGGACCGUGGCGCCGCUGCUGACUGUCACUGAUGCGCUUAUACAUGCUAGUGUGCAGAUACCACAAUCCCUUCUCUACAGCACGACAGACUCCGGCGUUCUCCUACAAAGUCACCCCCAAGACCUGGUGAUCUCCGUGUACGAGAACGCGGCGUUAUUCCCUCUCUUACCUGAAGCUGAUGAUGAUACGGACGCGAGGCUGACGCAGCAUAGGACCAAGGAUUACUACGGUAGAAGUACGAAGAGGGAAGAUAUGAAUAUUGAGAUUACCUCGCCGGUUGUUGGGUUUCAGUUGAGGGACGUAUCCCUGCGCGGCUCGCUGCUGGAGCCGGUGAUAGCGACGGUGCGGGCGCGGGGCGUGGGCGGCGUCGACGGACGCGCGGCUGUGUGGGACCCUGCCACAAGGCGCUGGCAGGAUAACACCUCUGACUGCAAAAUCUCCCACGUAAUAUCAGAAAUGAUAAUCAUCAGCUGCACCAAAUUAGCAUACGUGGGUCUCUUACAAAACGUGGAGACUGGUAUCUACGGGGCCCGGACCGAUGGGGCCCGGUUCAAGGUGUCCCACCCAGCUGUGUACGUUGGCAGCUUAAUACUCAUAGGCUGUCUUAGCUGUGCCACCCUCACUUAUAUCAUGUGCUACCCAGCCAUACAGAUGGCUAAGAAGACCAAACAUGCUCUAAUAAAUACAUGGAUAGCCAUCGGUCUACUAUGCUUCAUGUAUACCCUCGGUAUCUACCAAACUGAAGAUGUGAAACUGUGUCAAAUACUUGGUCUACUCAUCCAUUAUUUGUCAUUAUCGUGUCUUCUAUGGAUGUGUGUCUCAGCCAGUAAUAUGUAUAAAUGGGUGACUAAAAGCCACAGUCCGGUUAGGACUCCAGAAGAUGAAAUACCACCGGAUGUCCCUGUUCAGAAACCUAUACUAGGUUUGUACCUAGUAGGUUGGGGCAUAGCGUUAAUUGUCUGUGGAAUAUCAGGUGCAGUGAAUUUAAAAGACUAUGCUGGUUAUUCACAAUGUUUCCUCAGUACGGCUCCAGCUUUAAGUGCGUUAUUCGUCCCCGGUGGGAUUUUAUUAGUGUUCUUGUUAAUAUUAUUCUUGCUCAUACGGUGUACGAUACGAAAUAUGAACGUGCAACUAUCAGAAGGGACUCAGGCUACUGAGAAUGUUGACCUUGAAAUGUGGGAGCCUCAGAGUAAUGAUAGGGCUGAGCGGAGGAGUGUAAAAUCUACCUUAGAUUCAGAAGUUGAGGAUAUAGAACAUACUCCGAUUAUUCAAUUAAGGGCUCAAGUAAUUGUUAUGUGUUUGUAUAUGUCUGUCUGGUCUUGUGGUGCUAUAGCCGUGUAUCGACCAUUACCGGCCUAUUUGCCAUACCAAGAGGAUAUUUGCAGUAUUAUAUACGCCGUCUGUGCGACAGUCUUAGGCACGUUUAUACUGUUCUUCUACGGCAUCGCAAGAAGUGAUGUCAGAGCCCAAUGGUCUAUGAUGCACUGUUACCUACAGAAGAGUAAGCAGUGUUGUAGGAAUAGAAGUGUUUUUGAUGCUAAUCAGCAGAAUUUGCCCGCAACACAAACUGCCACGCCUCCCGUACAGCCGGUCAUACCAAAUGAUAAUAGAUCGCUGUCAGGCAGCCGAAGUUCUAACAGAACUAACUCUAAAACUAACAACAGUGGGACGUACAAAGCAGCCGCAGAAUUAAACGGACAAACAUUACAGAAGGAUACACUAAAAAAUAUUAACGGCAAAGCUCCAAAUAUAAACUUGGUUGUUUUGCAUAGACAACAGUAUAGAUCAAACAAUUCUAUGAUGACGUACCCAGAUAAUGGAACGGUUGGACCAGAAAUAUUUUACAAUCCAAAUCAAAUGAAUGUUGCCAAAAAGUUCUUUAAGAAACAACGACAGAAUAUGAAGAGAAAUUGCCUCGAACUGCCAACAAGAAGAGAUUGUGAUAAUGACUCCCAUUUCUCACUGCCGUUACCAACUAAAGAGGCCUAUAAUGGUGUUGCCAACAUCAUAAACUCAGGCUCUAAAGUUAACAACACAAAUAUACACGUAGAAAGAUCUAACAACGGUAUAAAAGAACCUCGUAAUGUCUUAAACCCAAAUCUAUUGGAAGACGAAUCUAAAGAGAAUUAUAAAAACUAUUCAACUGACAAGAAGGCGUGGAACAAGAACGAAGACCCUAAAACCAGUCGAACGCAAAUUAUGAACAUUUAUACGAAUGUUCCAGAAACUUUGGUACCCCAACAUCAAGUUGUAAAGGCAAAUGUGCCGAAAAACUUCAAUGGGCAACGUAGUAGCGUGUCAGAAGAAUGCUUGCAAAGCCACGCGAGUGAACAACCAGAAAUGAGGACUAUUUCCCAACAGUGUAGCUUAGAAUACAGCUCAGCGUCAGAAAUAGCUAUGCCCCAUACUUGUUCUGAUCAAACUCUAAACACGCAUUCAGAAAUGACGUCAUUCCAAGAAACCCACAGUGCCUUAUGUUCAACCAACGAAAUUACUGACACAGAGAGCUUUGGACAGUACAUAGAUUAUCUACAACCAGGAAAGCAGGAUAAAGAAAAUGUUGUAGACAAAUCACUUCAGGAUAUAUCUGAAGAAUGUACCAUGAAUUCUGACGAUAUUAAUAGAUCAAGUACGCCUCAACGCUUAGAAGCUGGUUCGGGAGAAUUGGAUAAUCUUCUCCAAACCCAAGAAAUGGAGGGAUCCAAAGAGAAAAUUGACGAUGAUAAAGAUACGUUCUUUAUGGCGAAAACGACGUAUGAUUUCGAAACUUGCAGUACAAAUGCCAGCGAGCAGGGUUUUGAGAACGAAAGCGAUAUUUACUGCCCUAAUUACCAGAUGUCGGAAGUUAGUAUCCGAAGUCAUGGCUUAUACGCCCCUUCGCCUUCGUCUAUGUGUCCUAACGAGAUCAGUUUCAGCAACGAAGAUGUUUCAAACAUUGAAAGUCAAUACGUGAACUACGACCCGGGUUGGAGGAAAACUAUAAAAAGUAAUCCUAAAUUAGGGAAGUACGUUCCAACGCCGGCUUUAAGCUGUCCUGAAGUGAAUAGGGACAGUAGUCCGGUUUCUUUCGCUAGUGAGAUCGAUGAGUUAUAUACUCAGAUCACGAGUAGAGAGAGGGAUCGAGACAGGACGCCGAGAAAAGAUACAGGACUUGACGUGACACUAAACAGUGAUGUCACGUUAAAACCUGACAGUGACAGUUGUGUCAGCGAAGCAGUGUCGGACAUUGAAGUGAAAGGAGAAACUACAGUGUAGCUAGAGCCGGGACAUUUAAAGCAUUUUGAUACAUAGUUUACGUAGUUUCUUCUAGCUUUCGUUUAGUGAUUGGAACUUUAUGAAGUAAAGACUCUUUUGUCGUUGGAAGAAACUGUUGUUUAUGCGUACAGAUUUAUAUGAGCAGCUAUUAGACUUUUAUUAACAGUUUAUAAUAGUGUGUGCUAGAAACUGACGUGGUUGAAAAUUGUACUAAUGUAUAGAAAUGAAAAGUAUUUUAUCUUUCUUUUUCAAAUCGCUUUUUUUGAGUUUAUUUCAAAAACACUUAUCGCAUACACAAGUAAGCAUUAUUGAAAAAGAUUGAUAUGGUUGCCAGAAGUAUGGCACUUCUGCUUACCCCAAGAGAUCUUAGAAUGACUGAAAUAAUAGUAAAGUUUACGUAACUAACGUUUUGUGACAGCCAGUAUGUGCCAUUUACGAUUUGCUUGCAAUACUGAUUAAAAACUUGAUAGAUAUUUCUUUUUCAUUACGAACUAUUCAAUUAAAAUAUUUUACAGUUGAACGUACUCUGCUUAAGUUUGUUGUAACAUAUGUUUUUUGUCACAAUUUACAUGUCACAUUUAGUAUGACAUGAAUUUAACCGUCACCUUUAAUUAAAAAUAUAUGACCUUUAAUUAAGAGUAUAUGACCUUGAAUUUAAGAAUUUAUGACCUUGAAUGCAAUUUUAAUCAGUACAAGCAAGCAGAUAUUUGUGUAUAAUUUUGCAUUAGCAUUUAAGUUGUAUAUGUUAAACUGUAUAGUUAUUUAUUAUUAAGUUUAAAACAGUCUGAGUAGCGAGGUAAAGCUUCUGUGUUGUGUGAAGUAUGCUUGAGUUUAAAUACGUAAAUAUAAAAUGAUUGUAUGUUGUGCCAUGCUUUCUUCUUUUGUGUGAUGUUGGUACACUGCCAUGAAUAUUGCAUUUGUAUAACUUUAAUUGAUCCAAACUUCGCAAGGAAAUAUUAAAAUAACUAAUAGAAUUUAUCCGCCUAGUGAAACUACGCAGUGGUUUAUUUACAAUCUUCUCUGCUCCGUUCCAGCUUGCAUUUUACUUGCGUUUUUAGGCUGCACUAUAAAAAGGACAGAUAAAUGUGAGCCGGUAUUUAGAAAUCCAAGUUUUAUAUCCAUUUUGAGUUUGAGACAUUAUUCGGUGCAAAAUGAAACAUGAACCAUUUUACUAUGGGAAGGAUAUUCGAUUCUUUCUUUCGUGUUGUAGCUUAUAUUUUUAUCUAGUCAUCGAACUACUUGGAAUAACUUUAUUCAAAAUUCAAUUGUCACGUAAAUAAGAAAGCAUGGUACAAAUAAUAAUAAUAAUGUGCCAAAAUCCCAUAAGAAUUCACCAUAGUGUUUUGUACUUAAUGAACUCAAAAUUGUAUCAUGAAAACUGACUGAAUAUACCACCCGCCUUAUGUCUAGUCCACUCUAAGUCGUGAGAGGUGAAUUUGUAACUCAAACGUAAUGUGAAGUAUCCUUUAUAAAGUUCGAAAAGGACGUAGUUGUUCUUUAGAACCCUUCGUCUAAAAAAUUAAUCUGUUGAUUCAUCAAUGCCAAGUAAAAAGAUAAAAUUAUUUUAAUUAUAGUUUUCGGGGAUGAAGAAGCAUGCAAAUGUUAUUAAAAACUAUGUUUUUAUGUGUGUGUGUCUAUAUUUUCAAAGAUAAAGUAGCCCAGUGAAAAAUUGUAUUUGCAGAAGAGUUCCAAAUUCACCCCAAAACGAUAAGUCAUUUAGGAUCAAACCCCAUCUCUCAUUUUUGUACAGCCUAGGGAAGGAUAAGAUCAAUUGAUCAGCGUGAAAAGUGUGACUACAAUGAAAGCAAUUCUUUUGGGGAUCAAUCUCUUUCGCGACCAUUUAAUCAAAGUUGUCUCAGGAGAUUCAGCGUGUUGGCUUCGACUCACGUUUACCUUCGACAAAUUCGGGACUCUAUGGUCCCGUGGUGUGGUGGAGACUUACAAAAUUCCAAUGACUGCGUAGUGUCGAAAAAUUAAAGUUUUGACCCCUUUAAGAAUUAUUUUUGUUUCAUGUCACACUUGUAAAGGAUUCGUGCCUAAUCAAUGUCAGGCCUAACUGUUUUGGCUUCUAUGUAGUUGUGACAAAUAAGACGCCACUAUUAGUUAAGAAUGUAUAUUUCGUUUCAUUAGAAAUUCUGUAAAAAAAUCUCAACCGUUUCUUGCAUUCAAAUAAUUUGUAAUUGCAUUUACAAAAUAAGUACCGUCGCUUCAAGGUAUUUUAUGGCGACUUGUACAUUGAACCUUAUGCUUUAGAGGUAAAGUUGAAAUUGCAUUAAAUAAAUUUGACAGAUUGUAGUAGCUUGAUGUGCUGGUGACUGUACGUAUGUAUAUUCUCGUUUUUUUCUGAAUAACUAUGGCGGCUAUAUUGUUUUUCUUCUUUUUAUGUAAAUAGAGUCUUAUUUGUCACAACAUUUCUAUGUAGAUAUAUUCUGUAGUAAAAUUGUCUAAACAGCUAUUGUGAUAUAAAAUCUUCCUUAUUAGGCGAGUUACGCCCAGUGACGGUAGGUCACUCUAUAUAAUAUUAUUAUAUAUUAUAAUAUGAGAUUUGUGAAUAUUAUAUAUGAUAGCGAAAAAUUUAUGAAUGGUUAGCUUUUUGUGGAGCAUAUUGCGUAUUAAAGAGGCGUUUGCACUUG